GCCCACUCUCUUCCAACUUCUCCGACGCUAAUAAGACGGUCCUUCCGGUGCUUCUAAAACCCAUCCUCCAUAUUUUGGUACAUUUGCCCUAGUCCCCACAAUCGACCCCAGCCAUGGGUGACGAAAAGAAAAGGGCGAAGAAGAAGAAGAAGAAGCGUGGUAGUGGUAGCCAGAAGAAGAUGAACACUGAUCAAACAGAGGCUUUCAAAUCGGUCUCCGAUUGGCUCUUCGUAGGUUCUUCUUCUUCUUCGACAUCUCUCUCCUCUUCCUCUGAUGACUUUGCCGUUACCAUCAAUAGUGGCUCUUUGAGAUGUGGAGACAAAUUGGUGUUCGAGCUUCACUCUCAUUCAAAUCGCAGCGAUGGGUUUCUAUCCCCUUCGAAGCUCGUCGAGAGGGCUCAUAACAAUGGGGUGAAAGUUCUUUCGCUAACGGAUCAUGAUACUAUGGCUGGUAUCCCAGAAGCAGUCGAAGCAGGACGUAGAUGCGGAGUUAAGAUCAUUCCGGGUGUUGAGAUCAGCACAUUAUUUGGUUUGAGAGACUCUGGUUCUGUGGAGCCAGUGCAUAUACUUGCUUACUAUGGCACUUCGGGUCCAGCUAUGUACGACGAGUUGGAAGAUUUCUUGGUGAAGAUAAGGGAUGGGCGUUUUGUCCGUGGGAGAGAAAUGGUCUUGAAACUGAAUAAGCUCAAGAUACCUCUAACAUGGGAACAUGUCACCAGGAUUGCAGGCAAGGAUGUUGCUCCCGGCAGGAUGCAUGUAGCCAGAGCUCUUCUUGAAGCAGGAUACGUGGAGAAUUUGAGACAAGCUUUCACUAAAUAUUUACAUGAUGGUGGACCUGCUUAUGCCACAGGGAGUGAGCCUAUGGCCGAGGAAGCAGUAAAACUUAUAUGCAAAACCGGUGGUGUAGCUGUGCUUGCACAUCCGUGGGCAUUGAAGAAUUAUGUUGGUGUUAUCAGGAGAUUGAAAGAUGCUGGACUUCAUGGGGUCGAGGUUUAUAGGAGCGACGGCAAGCUAGAAGUGUUUAGCGUGUUGGCUGAUACCUACAGUCUGCUGAAACUAGGAGGAUCAGAUUAUCAUGGAAAAGGCGGACGCAACGAAACAGAAUUGGGGAGCGUAAAUCUCCCCGUGACGGCACUGCAGGAAUUCUUGAACGUUGGACGUCCUAUAUGGUGCGAAGCCAUUAAAGCAACCAUGAGAGCAUUCUCUGACCAACCAUCUGAGUCAAACCUCUCCAAUAUCUUACGGUUCGAUAGGGCAAGGAUUCUGAAAGGAAACUCAGCUUGGUCUUGUGGUAAGGAGUUGAUGGACCGAUGUCUAGCGGUUUGGUUGACGAGUGUUGAGAGAGAAAGUGAUGAGUUUGAGGCUCUCAGAACGAAGCUUUCUUUUGUACCAAUAACGUCAAAUGGAUCAUGUAUCACAGUUGGUCCUUGUAUAUUUGAGUCUCUUCUUACAAUGCUACAUAUUGUGUGGUCUCUCCACAUCAAUCAAAUUAUCAAACCAACGAAAAAAAAAAAAACUAGCAAGAUUCAAAUCCGUAAGCAAUCUUUGUAAAGUUACGUUUA